UAGGUGGAUGGACAAAAGUAUAUGGGUCAGGGUCGCAGCAAGAAAAUCGCCCGCAUCGAGGCAGCCGCAACGGCGUUACGCAGUUUCAUACAAUUUAAAGAUGGUGCCGUCUUGACGCCGCUGAAGCCGACUUGUAAUCUUGAUUUCACUAGCGAUGAGCAUCUGGAAAACGACGCACUGUUCAGGCAUGCGAAAUUUGUUAAAAAACUGACACCCUUCAUGAAGGUUUCCGAUUGUACAUUGAGCAUGACAAGCAA